AUGGUCGGCGGCCUUCCUAAUAUAGGUGGGAUGGACGGCGACAGAUACCGAGGGAUGUCUUCUAGGGUUCGCAAGGCUCGUAUGAUUACCUUCUACAAGAAUGGUGAUCCUUUCCAUUCGGGCACAAAAGUUUCCAUAACACCUGGUAAGGACUUCAAAAGCUUGGAGAACUUGUGCGAUUUCCUUACCCAGCGGACUAAGAUCCCCCACGGUGCCCGUUUCAUUUUUACACUUAAUGGAAAGCGAGUAUAUGACCUGGAGGAAUUACAAGAUGGACAGUCUUACGUUGUGUCUGGCUCCAGGAACUUUCAGGAGCUGGCCUACGGUCAGGCUGCAAGAAUGAGGACUGCACAUACUGCCUACCGUCCCAAUGCUGUUCCUCUCAGGGAAGAUGACCUGCGUCUUCUCCGACCUGUUGAUCAACAAAAAAAGAAAAGCUCAGAGGUUUCGUCAGGCAGUCAGUCCUUGCCUGCUUCUCUCCCUGGGUCACGAGAAGGAAGGGUAAUCACGGUAGUUAACAGGAAAGAUCAAAACAUUCAUAACCGUGUCCUUCUCAACAUGAGGACGCCCCAACCAUUUGAAGAAGUACUUGUAGAUUUAGGUCAGGCCAUCAAAAUGAAACAUGCGAAACGAAUGUUUACAUUAUGGGGACAAGAGGUAAGAAGUUUCUCGCAGCUGAGAAAAGAUUAUGGAGAAAUUGAAACGUUUUAUUUGGACAAUGGAGACACACGGAUACGUCCGGUUAGCAAAGUCAUUAAGAGCUCGAAAUCAGUUGAAUCGCUUGAGACUGUUCCUAGACUCCGGUCGACAAAAAGCGUUCGAUUACUUCGCUAUGACAGUGUUCCUAAUCUAGAUGAGAAUAAAUGGGGCAAAGGUGACUUCACCCAAAAUGGAAUCGCUAAGCCUAUAAGGAGGAAGAUAAACGGAAUAAAGACAGAUAGUCAAGAAUUAUCACGAUGGAGUCCACCCAACUACAGUCGUCCUGAGAAGGAACUGAAACUUGAAUGGGCACAUGGGAUUCGUUCACAAGAAGGAAUUGGUAACUUGCAUGUGCUGCCGUCUCGUGAAUUACUUUAUCCAGUAGCAACCGUAGCUGUUAUCUACGACAGACAGAACAACCGACAACGUCACUUUACCAAUCACACUGAAGACAUCCAAUGUAUAACAGUUCAUAACGAAUAUGAAAUAAUUGCCACUGGUCAAGGGGCAGGACCAACCAAUGCAUCUCAGGCCCACGUGUUGAUCUGGAGAGCUGACAGCUUGCAAACAAUAGCGGAGGUGGGAAGCGGUCAAAUAGAGUCUUCUGGACUUUUCGACCUGGCUUUUUCCCCGGAGGGCUCUUUACUGGCAAUGUUAGAAGCGAGUGAAGACCAUGAAUUGUGGUUGUGGGACUGGCAGAAUGACUCUGUUCUUGGACGAGCUUCGACACAGAGUGAAGAAGUAAAAGGAGUGACAUUUCAUCCUUCAGAAGAAGAUCUUGUAGUAACAUUCGGAACACAGCAUCUGGCCUUUUGGAAACGCGGCCGUGACGGUUUUCUGGACAAACGAUCAAUUAACCCUACCGGUCAAUCGGCCAAAACAGUGACCUGUGUCCAGUUUCUACCAGAUGGCUCAAUGGUGACUGGUGAUAGCGGAGGCUACUUAACGCUUUGGUCUCCUGGUGACGACGAUGACCCUUGUACUUUUAUCAUUGUUAAAGAGGUCAAAGGUCACGAGAGGGACGUUCGUGGUCUACUGUUGUUACCAGAAGGGACACUUUUCUCGGGUGGAAGUGGAGAUAGAGAGGGACAUAUUAAAGUUUGGAGCACUACCAACAAAUUAACGAGAGUUGCAGCUACUAAUUUGCCACGCGGAGCUGGAGGUGUGGAAGCUCUGUGCAUGCAAUAUCCGAGCCCAGAUGGCACAUUCUACGUAGCCACCAAUAGAAAUCAAGUAUAUGAGGGUUCAACGCAGCGGAAGUUUCGUCCACUUAUAUGCGGUCACGCUCGUGGAGUGAAAGCAGUGACGAGUGACCCGAAAGGUGAUGGAUUUUACACUGGUGGUGAAGAUAAGUCAGUCUGUAAGUGGCACUUUCACAUCUUAGAGUGGAGAGUAUCGGUGGAGGCUGAAUGUUUGUCUCUGGCGAUACAUAAUGAAGCCUUGGUAGUAGCAGUUGGGAUGAGCAACGGCCACGUAACUCUUCUCAACUCCCAAAACGGGCUCAUCGUAUCGACGGUGACAAUGACGAACAGUGCUCUGAACGCUCUUACCUAUUCACCAGAUGGCGAAAUGUUAGCUGCUGGAGGCCAGGACGGUAAUAUGUACAUCUAUCAGUCACGUGACCAUGGGUAUGUGCUAAGAAAAGGUGGAACGAUUAAGGGUCGUCAACCCAUUCUGAGCAUCGAUUGGUCAUUUGACGGAAAGCAGCUUCAAACUGUUACAAGCGAUAACGAAUUUCAGGAGCUCGUUUUGUGGGAUGUACACAAUCUUGAACGACAAGGAAGUCCUAGGGGCACUAAAGACCUCGAAUGGUACGACCUGACAUCCACUUUGGGUCAUAAUCUUCUCGGUAUGUGGGAGAACGAGGAUUUGAGAGAAGUUGUCAAUCUGACGUCACAUCGGGCAAGUUCCAAACAACUGAUAGCAGCAGGUGACCAAGAAGGUUUCGUACGCUUAUUUAGAUAUCCUUGUCCAAGUACUAAGGCAGCCUUUCGGGAGUAUAAACAUGGAAGUUCAGGGACAACAGUUGUGAAAUUUUUACGAGGUGACAGAAAUCUGGUGUCGGCAGGGGGCUCUGAUGGCGCUAUCCUGGUAUGGCGACUGGUUGCAGCUGGCCAUUAG